AGUUAAGUCUAUUGCAAAAACUGCUUCCCUUUUUAUUGUAGGCGCUCGCAGCGAACACACCUAUUAGCGCAGCUUGGUUUCGAUUAAAUGAGUUUCUGAAACCGUUCGAUAAGAAAUAAUCAGUUGUUUGAAAUUGCCAUCUGUGUCAAUAAGCACUAAUCAGUUGUUUGGAAUUGUCAUUCCUGACAUAAGACAGUAAAUUUUGUGUGUGAUAAAUUUCUUUAAUUGUUUGGAAUCGGAGAAAGCGCUCUUAGAAAACAAUAACGCAAAGCGUAUUUCAUUGAAAGAUUUUAAAAGACAUAUUGUGUUAUAUCGCAGUUUUAUUUGUCGGUGCACAGUGACAAAGAGUUCCUAAGUGUACAUUUGUUCAAAGCUGCAAGCUGUUUCGCCGUCGAGUUCAUAUUUUUAUAUCGAGGCUUUUUAAUAAAAUGACUAGUGCUCAUGAUAAUAGUAGUACCACUUCGCCUAAUAAUUCAAUGCAUACAAAGCCAUUACAACUAGAAGACAUACCAAUUUUGAACAGUGAAAAUUGCAAAAUUAAGAACAGACAACAUGUAGAAAAAAUUAUAAAUGAAUUUAUUUUUGGGGGCCAUACAAGAUUGCAGGUAGUUUCGGAUUUCGAUUAUACCAUUACUAAGCAACGGACAUCCAACGGAGCCCCUGUGCCAAGCAGUUUUGGUAUUUUUGAAGAAUGUAAAUCUUUACCUUCAAAUUUUGUAAAAGCAGCUCGGGAAUUACAUGACAUAUACCGACCUAUAGAAGUUGACCCGCAUAUAUCGAAUGACGAAAAAGCGAAAGCUAUGAUUGAAUGGUGGACCAAAUCAGGAGAAAAUUUAAUGGGUUUUACCUUCGACUUGAAAGAAAUCGACGAAAUUGCUAAAAAAUAUGCAUAUUCCGUACGAGAUAAUACAGAUGAACUCUUUCGAAAAUUAAACGAGCUCAAUAUCCCAGUACUUGUAUUCUCUGCCGGGCUAGGAAAUUGCGUCAAUGCAAUGCUGCGUCAUGCAGGACUUCUAUAUCCGAACAUGAAUGUUAUAUCGAAUUUUCUUCAAUUUAAAGACGAUACUAUGUUAAAUGGGUUCCAAAAGCCCAUAAUACACACAUUCAAUAAAAAUGAAAAAUUGUUGAAGGGUACUGAAUAUUACGAUUUAGUCCACACUCGUGACCAUAUAAUAUUAAUGGGAGAUUCUUUAGCUGAUUCUGGCAUGGCCGAUGGUGUCCCAUCGUCAUCUCACAUUCUAAAAAUUGGAUUCCUUUUUCACCAUGCCGAGGAGUAUAUAGAGCAAUAUAUGAGUACCUUCGAUAUUGUCUUAAUAGAUGAUCAAACCAUGAACGUACCACUAGCGCUGCUCAAACUCAUCGCAGGAAAUAAUACCUCAAGAGACUGAUGCCAGGAAUAUAAUUCGAAUGAUCGUAGAAAUGACUAAGAAAAGUUACAUAAUAAUCAAAUAUGUAUAAGAUUUUGUGUUUAUGUUGUUUGUUUUAUAUUUUACUCAAAUAAAAGCUUUAUUAAUUUUCAACAAAAA